AUGUUUAAACUUGGCUGGUUCGCAGACCCAGUUGUCUUUGGAAAAUAUCCAGACGAGAUGCACAACCUUAUAACAGGAGAUAGGUUACCCAGCUUUACUUCAGAGCAAAGCAAGUUGUUAAAAGGCUCCUACGAUUUCCUAGGGGUAAACUAUUACACCAGCAAUUAUGCUAAAUAUACAGGUGUAAUAGGAAGCAACUUUUAUAAUGAUGGAAGAUAUACGACUGGCGCUUAUAAUGCAACUGGGCAUUUAAUCGGGCCUUUUGGACAGUCAUCCUGGCUAAACGUGUAUCCACAAGGGUUUAGAGAUCUACUUAAUCAUGUUAACGAUAGGUACAAUCAUCCUAUCAUAUACAUUCUUGAGAAUGGAGUCAGCUGCCCUAAUGAGAAUACAGCAGAAGACGCUAUAAAUGACUCGUUUAGAAUGGACUAUCUGUAUGGCCAUGUCAUGAAACUAGCUGAAGCUGUCAGAUUUGAUAAAGUAAACAUUAGAGGCUAUUUCCAUUGGUCUCUUCUCGACAAUUUCGAGUGGGCUGAUGGGUUUAGUAGCAGAUAUGGGCUCACUUAUGUGAACUUUGACCAAAAUCUGACAAGGACUAUUAAGAAAUCAGGGUACUUGUAUAGGAACAUUAUUGAUGCAUUUGAUGAGAUGAAGAUAGAAGAUGUCUUGGAGCUCUCUGUGGACGAUUUAAUGACCCAAGAUGAUUAUGAUGAAAAUGAUGACUAUGAUGACUAUGAUGACUAUGACGAUUUUGAUGAGGACAGUGCAUUUGCAGAUGAAGAUGAAGAUGAAUAG